UGUUUAUCUAUUCAAAAUUCCCGGUCACUUCAAAACAUGUUUCGAACUUUCUUCAACAAAAUUUUUUAAUAUUUAGGGUAUCAAGAAGUAUAUAAGGAAAUAAAAUAUUUGGUAACGUGCCAUUGACAAGGUGUACAAGAAUAUAUAGAGUCCGAAGAUAACAUUCGGAAUGCAACUAUCACGUUUUCCUAUAUGUAAUAAAUCGUAAUUCACGCUUAACAACAAUUUCUCGUUGGGACAUAAACUUCUAAUUGGGAUCCAAAAACACGAGUUUUGUAACAAGAAUUGUUGGCCUGACGUAUACUAGAUAUUUAAUACAUAAUCAUUUAAUAAACAAGUGAAAAUGAAUAAAAGUUCGAUAUCUGGCAAUGCCACUAAACCUGAAAGUAUAACAUUAAAAUAUAAAGGUGAUGGAACGUCUGUGUCUCCUAAGGAUAGAAAAUAUGGAGGAGAUACAAUAUUUCAAAAUAAUGAUUGCCCCUUAACAAGUGAACAAUUCUUAAGAGCAAGACAGAAAUUUGUUCUUCUUGAAAAUGCAAAUAGUACAAACGAUAGGAAUGCCUCAGCAGGAAAAGAUGUUAAUAAAAACAAAAACAGUUCCAAACCAGUUGAAGCAAAUAGAAAUCUUCCGAAGGAGUUUGCAGAGAAAAGUUACUCAACCAUUAACACUGAACAUGAAAUCAACCCUCCAUUUCAGCCUCUACUCUAUGAGGGAUCAGCCUCCACAGUCUCACCUGUAGAACUGAAUCCAAAUGAAAACCUUAUCUAUAAAACUGAAGCGCCAAUGGUACUACCUAAUGAAAAGCCAUGCUUGAGUAAAGAAUGUAGUGGUACAACUGACCUUCAAAGAGAAUUUGAUUUUAAAACGAUACGAAAUAAAUUUAAAAAUUGGGCGGAAACGCCAAUGGUACUACCUAAUGAAAAGCCAUGCUUGAGUAAAGAAUGUAGUGGUACAACGGACCUCCAAAAAGAAUUUGAUUUUAAAACGAUACGAAAUAAAUUUAAAAAUUGGGCGGAAACGCCAAUGGUACUAAAUAAUGAAAAGCCAUGCUGCAGUAAAGAAUGUAGUGGUACAACGGACCUCCAAAAAGAAUGUGUUUUUAAAAGGAUACGAAAUAAAUUUAAAAAUUGGGCGGAGCCCAAAAUCGAUAACGUAAAGAGGUUAAUAGCUAAACUCAAAAGAAAAACCAAGACUAGUGAACACGAUGGAAGAGAUCAAGUGAAAAAGAAGAAGGAAUAUGGCAAGAUGAUUUAUGAGGAAAAUAACACAAAAAAUGAUGAAGGCAAUAACCAUCGGACCAACCCGAAAUAGUAUCAAACUUGUGCCAAAAAACCAAUGAAAAAAGUUGCUCAACUACUACUUCUUAAUUUUGGACUCACUUAACAAAUCAUAUCCAAAUAAUGUCAUCAACUAACAUUAGGUUAAAUUCUCAUACCCGGAUAAUAAUGACUAAUUAAUAUUUACUAAGUAAAUGUAUGAAUACCAUAGUAUACAAAAGUCAUCUUGAAAACCUUAACACCCAAAACCCACAUCCCAAACCCCAAACCUUAAACACCAUUCAACUUUUAUCUUAAUAAAUAAACACAUGCAUGAAUUACGA